AUGUCUACCCAAGCCGCAGUCGAGGCCCUCCUCGAGGAGACCGCCCGCGAAGUCGAGAUGAAGGACGCUGAGCGCAAGCGCACCGCCAGCAGCGAGGCGCGCGACACCGACAGCCGCCGCGACGACCGCCACUCAGAUCGCCGUGACCGCCGUGAUAGGAGCCGAGACCGUGGGGACCGUCAUCGUGAGUCCAAUGGAGAUCGCCGUCGCAGCCGCGAUAGAGACCACCGCCGAAGAGACGGAAGCCGUCCCCGUUCUAGCAAAGGUGCUGACACAGAUGAAGACCGUGAUAGGCUCCGCCGCAGCAGCUCGCGCGACCGCCGUGGAGGUCGUGGAGGCCGUGACCGCGGAGGCGACUUCUACAGCGGUAGCGGUCGUCCGCGUUCCCGCUCCCCUCGCGACCGCGGCAACGACAGGUACCGUGAGAGGUCCCGCGACCGUCGCCGCAACGGUGGUGACGACCGCCGCAACAGCCGUCGCAACAACACCCCGCCCAAGCCAGAGGUCACCGAGGACGACCGCGACAAGCGCACCAUCUUCGUCCAGCAGAUCUCCCAGCGCGCUGAGAUGCGUCACUUGCGCAGCUUCUUCGAGCGUGUCGGCCCUGUUGUCGAAGCUCAGAUCGUCAAGGACCGUGUUACUGGCCGUAGCAAGGGCGUCGGCUACGUUGAGUUCGAAGCUGAAGAGUCUGUACCUCUUGCACUGGAGCUGACUGGCCAGAAACUGAAGGGCGUUCCCAUCAUUGCCCAGCUUACUGAAGCCGAGAAGAACCGUGCUGCUCGUCCUUCCGAGGGCGGUGCUGCACCCGGUGCCAACGGCGCCCCCUUCCACCGUCUCUACGUCGGCAACAUCCACUUCAGCGUCACCGAGAAGGAUCUCCAGGAGAUCUUCGAGCCUUUUGGUGAGCUUGAGCAGGUCAUCCUCCAGCGCGAUGAGUUGAACCCUGGCCGCUCCAAGGGAUAUGGUUUCGUUCAGUUCGUUGACCCCUCGCACGCUAAGAAUGCUCUCGCAGAGAUGAACGGUUUUGAGCUCGCCGGCCGCCAGAUCCGCGUUGGUCUCGGCAACGACAAGUUCACCCCCGAAUCGACCGCGAACCUCCUCCGUACAUUCACCCAGCAGGCUCAGUCCUACCAAGGCUCUGCCUUCAGCGGUGCUGGUGGUCGUGGUGCCUAUGCUGGUGGUACUGGUGGUGUCUUCGACCGUACCCAUAGCAAGGACGACCGCGGUGUUAGCGGCGCCUCUGCUCUUGACGACUCUGAUGUCGCUGGGGUCAACUUCAAGACCUAUGAUCGCAGCAGGCUCAUGGAUGCUCUCGCGCGCCGCGACGUGCCCGGAGACUCCAGGCAGGGUGGUCAGGCUAUGCCUGUCCCCACCACUCGCAAGGCUCCCGCUCCUGCCCCCGCCGUUCCCAUGGCUUCCAAGUGCGUCAAGAUCGAGAACGUCUUUGACCCUGACGAGGAACAGCGCAACUACGGUGACAACUGGAACAAGGAGCUCCAGCACGAGAUCAAGUCCGAGUGUGACAAGAAGUACGGCAAGGUCGUUCACAUUGCUGUCGACGCCAACAGCGAGGGUGACGUCUUCGUCAAGUUCGACUCGGUCUCCGGCGGUGAGAAGGCUCUCCAAGGUCUCAACGGUCGUACUUUCAACCACCGCACCAUCCGCGCUUCCUACGUCGUGGACAAGAUCUACAACUCCCUCUGGGGUGCUGCUGCCAGCAGGUUUUAA